AUGAGUAGAUUAUUUACUAAAACAAAGAAAAAACCUUUAUUUUUUAAUAAACAAACACCAAUUGAAUAUAAUAAACAAGAAAAUGAUAUUGAAAAAGUCAAAUUACAUGAUUCUAGCAAUGGUUUUAAUCCAUUUGACACAAUGAAAGAAGAAGGAUUUGAUACUAGUGAUACAAUGAGAUGGUUUGACAAAAUGACAACUGACAGUGGAGAAGUGUUAUUAAAAAAUGAAAGUACCAGUGUUAAAAGUUUCAAUAGUAUAACUUCAUUUCAGUUUUCACCAGAAGAAGAAGGAGAAAAAGUCACAAAUAAGAUGAAUGAAGAUAUUCAACCAAAAGUGUUUCCAGAACCAAGAAACGAGAGAAUUAUUUCAGAACAAUUAAAAGAGUCAAAGAAAAAUGAAAAUCAGGUAAUUGAGACAAAAGAAAUAAAACGUACUGAUAAUCCAAUCAAACAAGAACCAGACAAAGAAAUAAAUAAACCCAACGAACAUCCUCAAGUGAAACCAAAAGUAAAUAAGAAAUCGAAUUUCCAUAUUUCAAUGAAAAAAUUUGAAUUUAAAAAACCCAAUUUAAUGUCAAAACCACUGAAAGAUCGAAUGAAAGAUUCAAUUAAACAAAUCAACGAAAAAUCUAUUCACAAAUCAUCUGACAACCAUAACUUCCAACUUAGAAUUAAUCCAAACGACAAUUCAUCAAUCAGAAAUCAAACCACAAAGGAUAUAGAAUUAGAGAAAGAGUUAAGAAAAGAGUCAGAAGAAGGUUUUAAAAAAGAGGCUAACAUUAAGAAGAUUAUAGACUUUCCUGACAAUAUGCAGACUAUGAAAAAUUCUAAUAAUAAAGCAAAUAUAAACCAAAAAGAACUUCAAGAACAUAUAGUUAUUAAACAAGAAGAGAAAAAAGAGAUAUGUUCAUUGAAGCGUAGAACAGAAACAAAUCAAGAAAAUGAAAUUAUUCCACCACCAAAACGUCCAAUUACUAACAAAGAAAAUAAAAACAAUCUUUCUAAAUUUGAAAUACCAACACUUAAACUUCCAAUUAUGUUUAAUUCAACAGAUAAUAGAUUAGAAUGCUUAAAAAGGAUUUCUACUGUUAUUCAAAUGUUAAAUUAUGCACCUAUCAAGAAGGAACUACAAACAUCUAAAGUGAUUUUUCUUCCAGAAAUACAUUCUAUUCCAAAACCAACGACAGAAGAAGAAAUGAAAGCAUCUCUUUUAUUCUGUAAGCAGAGGAUAGAAAAAUUAGGUAAUGAAAUUGAAUGUCUUUUACCUAUUACGUGUUGUGUAGCAGAAAAGGUACUAGAACAAUUAAAAGAAAUUCAUGAAUCACGAAAAAAUAAGUUAGCCAUUAUAAAAAAACAAGAAGAGGAAAUGAAAACACUUCAAGAAACACUUCACGCAAACAGAACAAUAAAAUAA